ACGUUGACCGCCCCCCGGGUUCACCUCUAACGCGAAGCCAUGUUUCGCUCUUUUAGAACCGUCCAGCAGUUUAACUGCAACCUCCGAACUUUGCAAAAACUCCACGUCAACUCCAAACUCCUCGUCUACACGUCUAGAAUGGCUAGUUCGGAGUACAGGGUCGAACGGGACACGUUUGGCGAGCUCAAGGUCCCAGCUGACAAGUACUACGGUGCUCAGACUGUCAGAUCCACCAUGAACUUCAAGAUAGGGGGACCGAGUGAGAGGAUGCCCCUCCAAGUGAUCAAAGCUUUUGGUAUCCUGAAGAAAGCAGCUGCCCAGGUGAACAAGGAUUACGGGCUCGACCCAAAGAUAGCAGAUGCCAUCGUUCAGGCUGCUGAUGAAGUGUCAGCCGGGAAGCUGGAUGAUCAUUUCCCUCUGGUGGUGUGGCAGACUGGAUCAGGAACUCAGACCAACAUGAACGUCAAUGAGGUGAUCAGCAACCGGGCAAUUGAGAUCCUGGGAGGGAAACUAGGCUCCAAGGAUCCAGUUCAUCCCAACGACCACGUCAACAAGAGUCAAAGCUCCAACGACACCUUCCCCACCGCGAUGCACAUCGCUGUCGCCACAGAGGUCCACCAGGUCCUGCUGCCCGGCCUGCAGACUCUGCACGACGCUCUGGCCGCCAAGGCCGAAGAGUUCAAAGACAUCAUCAAGAUCGGACGCACCCACACCCAGGACGCCGUCCCGCUCUCGCUCGGACAGGAGUUCGGCGGCUACGUCCAGCAGGUGAAGUACAGCAUAGAGCGUGUGAAGGCCGCCAUGCCAAGGGUGUACGAGCUGGCGGCUGGAGGCACGGCGGUCGGGACUGGACUCAACACCCGCGUCGGCUUCGCGGAGAAAGUGGCGUCCACCGUCGCCUCUCUCACCGGCCUGCCGUUCAUCACGGCCCCCAACAAGUUCGAAGCCCUGGCCGCUCAUGACGCCCUGGUGGAGCUGAGCGGAGCCCUGAACACGGUGGCGGUCAGCAUGAUGAAGAUCGCCAACGACGUCCGCUUCUUGGGCUCGGGACCCCGCUCGGGUCUGGGGGAGCUCAUCCUGCCGGAGAACGAGCCGGGGAGCAGCAUCAUGCCCGGGAAGGUGAACCCCACCCAGUGCGAGGCCAUGACCAUGGUGGCGGCGCAGGUGAUGGGGAACCACGUGGCGGUGACCGUCGGAGGCAGCAACGGACACUUCGAGCUCAACGUCUUCAAGCCCAUGAUGGUGAAGAACGUGCUGAACUCGGCGCGGCUCCUCGGCGACGCCUCCGUGUCCUUCACCAACAACUGCGUGGUGGGGAUCCAGGCCAACGUGGAGAGGAUCAACAAGCUCAUGAACGAGUCCCUGAUGCUGGUCACGGCACUCAACCCUCACAUCGGUUACGACAAGGCGGCCACCAUCGCCAAGACGGCCCACAAGAAGGGUUCGACGCUGAAGGCCACGGCCGUGGAGCUGGGCUACCUGACCGAGGAGCAGUUCGACCAGUGGGUGAAGCCCAGUGAGAUGUUGGGGCCCAAGUGAAGUCUGGAAACUCGAGAACACUACGGAACACAACAAACGCUCUUUUCUGCAGCGAGGAGGGGGGCUUGUGUAGACAUCUGAGCUGUUGAACUGAGUGAACAUUAAUUUUCUGAAUCCCAAAGAUCUUGAAUUAAAAUCCCAGAGAAUUCUUUGAUCUCCGUCUAAAACAUAUUCUAUAGGACCGUUUUCUGAAUAAAACCUUGUGACUUUUGUCCUCCAGUAACAUCUUAAAUUUGAUUUUAAUUUGUGUCACCGUUAAAUCCAUCAUGGAUGCUUGGAUUGCAGUACGCUUUGACUUAAGGUUUACAACAUCUGUGCCAUUUUCACAGUUCAAAUAAAUGUAUUGUUUCAAAAUAAA